AUGGCCCCUCCGAGAUGGACAAGUGCCGAACAGCUUAUGUGGCUGCAAAAUGAGGUUUCAACGUACCUACAGAUGCAAAAAGAGAAAAAGUUGGUCCGGUUUUUUGAGCUGCUAUACCCCAAGUGGUUCAGAUCAGAAAACUCACCUGAUGACAAUGACACCAGCAUCGACCAAUCUAGUCUUGACUUGGAUGCGGCUGUCAACGAGAUCAUUGCCGAGCUGGACCAUGAAAACGCUAUAAUUCCUAUCAGUGAUGUUGAAAAACAGAGUAACUUGGAUGCAGAACUUGCUGAGGUACUCAAGGACGCCAUAAAACAUCGCCAUAAAAAAUUGCAGGAGUGGUUUCGAAACAACACCAAAGGAAAGACCAGACCAGGCAGGACUUUGAUGAGCAAAGUCCUAUCUACAAUGCUGGGACAGCGCGCACGAGGCACCCGAGACCUGAAAGAAGUCAAGGUGUACUCACAACUUCACUAUGAAUCAAAAGUCAAGCCAUUGGUUUCAGACGACAUCAGGGAAAACAAGCUUGCAUUACCUGACCAGAGGCUUCAUGCUGUCCGGCACCACACGAGUGAAUGUUUUGCAAAGGAGUCGGAAGAUGUGAAGGAUGGGGUUCGCAUUGAGACUCAACAUAUUAACGCUGCCAGAAAGUUAGGUUCAGUCGCAGUGGGGAAUGAUCGAACAAAAGAGGAAAUUUACCGCGCAAUUCAAGAGCUGCCAAUUGUCCUUGGUCAGAUAUUCAAGGAACUCUCGACUUUGACUGGUGGAUGGCAUUACUCACUCGUCAUGGGUGGACCAGAUCCUUUGUGUGAAGGUGAUAUUAUGACAUUAAGUUAUCACCAUGGCAAAACCCCAGAUGGUCUGAGCUUCAAGGUGUCAACGCCUAACUUCCAUGAACAGUAUUUAUUACCAUUCGAAAGACAUCUAGAUCACAUCUAUGGUCUACAACUGAUAUAUGAAUAG